ACUGCAACCUGAUUAGAACCGGCUGGUGACAGAAUAGUAGAAUUUCCCAGUAGAAAGAUGGACUUGCCAUCGAGUGAUCAAACUAAUGCUAAGGAUGAUAAUCUGACAGUGAUUCUGGCACAGAUUCAGCAGUACAAUGACAACGUGAAGGAUGUACUGGAGGGACUGCAUCCCCAAAAUAAUCAAGAUAUAAAAGAACUCAUGUGUCCAUUAGUUUCAUUAAUUUGUGAUCUUCGCAAAACUUUGUGUGCAAAACUGAGUGGAACAACAGAGACAUUGAAGACCAUGCUUCAUACAUUAAAGGGACUUCAGGAGAAAUUUAAGGAUCUAAACAUAACAAAUGAUUACAUCAAUUAUCUUAUUAUGGUCAAUCAAAUACUUGAAGAUACAGAAAGAAACCUGAAGCGAAGUGAAGAACAUUUGGAAAACAUUGACAUACAAUUGAAACAUUUUGCCAAUGAAGAUCACAAGACUGAGGCUGCAGUAGAAAUUGCUCAUGAAGAAUCUGCUGAACUUAAGGUAAAUACAAAUCAGGAAGAAGAAUUAGCAACAAAUGUACAAAGGGAUGAAUCUGACAACUCUAUAAUAAGCCAACAGAAUGACAACAAUGAUGAAACCAAUGAUCCAGAAAGCAUGGACCAAAAUAUUGUGACAGUAACCAAGAAAGAAGGUCAUCUACAACAUGUAAACAUGAUCUGUGACCAAGAAAUAAAUCCACAAGCAAUGCAAAGGGAGGGGAAUGUAAAUGGUCAAUCCGAUUCAAAGAUCUCAAUUAAUAGGACAAGCCAUUCAGCUGAUCAUUUAUUGGAUUUUGGAGCCAGCACCUAUGAAGAGUAA